AUGUCGGACGUCAAAGCCCAGGAGGAGGUGCAUGGCAUCUCGACGGCCCAUGAGGAGAUGCCUCGAGUCAUUGCCGGCUACGGCGAGACCGCUAAGCGUGAGGGAGCUACAACUAAGGAGGUCCACAGUGCCGAGCUGUACGCAGCACUGGAGGAGACAAAGAUCGAGAGAUGGAGCAGGGAUUCAAUUCAUCUCUACUUUGCAAUUUUUGUUGCGUUCCUGUGCGCUUGUGCCAACGGAUAUGAUGGCUCGCUGAUGUCCUCAAUCUUGGCUAUGUCGCACUUCCAGAAAGUCAUUCCCAUUGGCAUGACUGGUGAGAAGGUCUCCGUUGUUACUUCCAUCUACACUGUGUAUGUAUCCUUGCGUCCAAUUCCGAACAAGGCGCUCGCUGACUAUGAUGGGUUUAGUGGAAAUAUGGUCGCAACUCCGUUCAGUGCUGUGAUUUCUGAUAGGUUCGGUCGUCGAAAGUGCAUGUUUGUUGGAGGCUGGAUUAUUAUCAUCGGCUCCAUUAUUGCUGCGACAACCACGACCUACGCGCAAUUCGUCGUCGGCCGCUUCGUGCUUGGAAUGGGUAUUCAGGUCAUGGUCGUCUCGGCUCCCGCCUACGCGGUUGAGAUUUCUCCACCUCACUGGCGUGGUCGCGCUGUUGGGUUCUACAACUGUGGUUGGUUCGGAGGCUCUAUCCCCGCGGCUGCUAUCACCUAUGGAACCAACUUUAUCAACAACGACUACUCAUGGAAGGUCCCACUCAUCUGCCAGUGCUUCGCAUCUAUUGUUGUUAUUGUCGCUAUCUGGUUCAUCCCCGAGUCUCCACGUUGGCAGCUCGCGCAUGGUCAAGAGGAGGAAGCUCUUGCCUUCCUGACCAAAUAUCACGGCAAUGGUGACCCCAACGCUCGUCUCGUCCGACUUGAGAUCGAAGAAAUGCGCGAAGGUAUCCGAAUUGAUGGUAUUGACAAGCGCUGGUGGGAUUACCGUCCCUUCCUUACGACACACAGCGGCCGCUGGCGUUUCUUGCAGGUCAUCAUGAUCUCUAUCUUUGGACAGUGGUCUGGCAAUGGUCUCGGAUAUUUCAACUCGACUAUCUUUAAGACUCUCGGCUACAAUUCCAGCUCCAUGCAGUUGCUCUUGACUCUUAUCAACAGUAUUAUCUCCGCAGUCGGUGCCCUUACGGCUGUCCACUUCACCGAUAGAAUGCCCCGUCGUCCAGUUCUGGUUUUUGGCACCAUUGCUUGUGCUCUCGCUAUUGCUAUUCAAGCUGCCAUCUCCGUUCCAAUUGCGCAGACAGGUACCAUCAGUCACUCAAAGGGUCAAGCUGCAUUGUCAUUUUACUACCUCUUCAACGUGAUAUACUCCUUCACCUACACUCCACUUCAGGGUGUCAUUCCGGCCGAAGCUUUGGAAACAACGACUCGUGCCAAGGGUCUGGCUCUCUCUGGAUUCCUGGUCAACGCCACUGGCUUCAUCAGUCAAUUUGCCACCCCUAUUGGCUUGGGGAAUAUCUCUACAAACUACUUCUGGAUUUUCGUCGGCUGGGAUCUGAUCGAGUCCGUCAUUUGGUAUUUCUUCUGUGUUGAGUCUCAGGGCCGUACUCUUGAGGAACUUGAGUGGUUGUACCAGCAGCCCAACCCUGUCAAGGCGUCCAAGACCCUCGACAAGGUUGUUGUUCAACGCGAUGGAACCGUCACCGAGAAGAUCGAGGACGAUGUCGAUGCCUGA